UCACUUUCCAAAUAUAAAUAUGAGAAUACUUCUGGUAAUGAUGUGUUUAUGCUUGAAAAUUCCAGCUCUAAAGCUGUGUGAGUUCUCAUCAGUUCCUUACUUACUAACAUGUGGGAUGAUCUCUACUUGAAAUUAUUUUCCUAAUCAGUUUUAAAAAUCAAGUAUUAUUAUUAUUGAGUUAUUAAAAAUUGAGUUGGUUUCCUUUUGGUUUUUUAAACUCCUACUUUUACUACUUUGGGAUGUAUCUUCUUCUUUCAUUUCUUUGACAUAUAAAUAUCUUUAUAUAAUUAACAAAGGAACAUCAAAACAUUUGAGAAUUUCACUUGCUUUCUGUGGUGAAAUGGGUCUAACUGGAGGGAUAGUCAGGAGCGUCUUCACCAAGAACCGUUCCGUCAGUUCGCAGGAUGGCAAUGUGAGGAAUUAUGGUGCAGACAAGAGAAAAUGGAUUUCUGUCAGAUCUUAUUUGUGUGGAGAUGAACAAUUUAAUUCAGUUGUUGCUGAAGAGGAUUCAGCAUCAAUUAGGAGUUCUGAAGCUACUGUAACACAACCAAUAAUAGAAGAAUUUAAUAGCGAAGCUGAAAUCCAAAGUGAAGAGAGUGAACAUGAUGAGCCUACCGUCACCGAGGAGGAAACACAGAAUUCGCCUACAAAAUUCUCAAACGAGGAUAUUGCAGCCGUGGAAGAUAAUGCAGCUAUCGUUAUUCAGUCGGCCGUCAGACGCUUUCUGGUCAAGUGCCGAACUCGAGCAGUUGAAGACAUGGAAGUUAUGGAAAAUGUAACUGAAGGAAAACAAAGUCCAAGCAGGGAGUCAAUAGCUACAUCAAUUGAAGCACAAACUGGAGGUUCAGUGGAAGCUCUUGCAGUUCGGGAGGAAAACAUACCGUUUCAACACCGAAUGCAAAAGAAAUCACAAACCAACAUAUGGAAGCUAAAGGAAGAUUGGGAUGAUAGCACUGUAAGCAGCAACAUAUCUAAACUGAGGAUUCAGAACAGGCUUGAAGCAACAACGAGGCGCGAGAGAGCUCUAGCUUACUCGUUUUCUCAACAGCUAAGGAUUUGUUCAAAGAAGAAACCAUCACGGUCAGAUUCAUCGGAAACAAACAUGGGUUGGAGUUGGCUAGAGAGAUGGAUGGCAACUCGAAUUCCAGAAGCCACCUCAGUUGAUGAUCGUAUGAGCAGUCGGCUUGAACCCAUUUCCAGCGACCGUAGACCGAUAAUCAUUAAGAGAAAUUUUGAUGCACCCGGGGAAGAGGAGAGCUGUGGAUCUAACGAGGUGUCGCUUGGGGUUGAUAUCCUCACUAUACCUGCACCCAAUGCAGCUGAAAUCUCGAAACCAGUAAAGAACACGCUGAAAGCUACCAAGAAUGGACCCAGGCGUAAGAAUGCCUCCAACACGCGAUACUCGAAGGCAAGCAAGAAAAGUUUAAAAGAAGCUGAGAAAGAGAGAAAACACAAGCAGACACAACAUGGGACUGCUACAACAGAAGUGAAAUGCAAAGACGCAGUAGUAUCCCAGUUACCUUCAUGACUGUCAGCGACGGAGAAUAGUUCUUAUACAUAAAGCUUUUUAAGUGUUUCUCGAAAAGAUUGGCCUGUGCUUCCUAUGUAGGAUUUCCUUUAAAGGAGUUGACUGCUAAGUUUAUCAUAGUUUUCUGUUCUUGUAAUUUCUAAGCUAAGAGCUGCUUUCUCAGACAAUCUCUGCAAAUAACUAAUAAGAAUUACGAGUCUUGAGUUCAAAA